ACAGGCACUUGAAUGGGGCGGAAUCAAAAUGAUACUUUGGAAAAUGAUGUUGCUGAAUGCAAGUUGAGGCCAUUACGUAAAGUCGUGGUCGUUGUCACAAUCAAUCGUCGGCCCCAAGAUGUUCCGGCAGCGAUAAAGUCAAUGUGGCCUCACUCACUCACCGCACCCGCCAAGUAUCGCCAUCGCCAUCGCGACAUGCAUGUGACAGCCACAACCAAGUGCCACUUUACCCCCCAACAACUGGGCCCAACGCUUCAGCUGCAAUCGCAACCUACCUAGACACUCAAGAUGAACGUCUCGUACAACUCGGCUCUGCGCCAGAGCAAGGCCAUCCGCGCCCAGCUCACCACCCUCUCCUCGAAGCCAGACCCGACCCCAUCCGAAGUGGGCAACGUGUCCGCCUCGCUCGCCUCCUUCUCCAAGACCAUCGACGAGUACAACGCGCUCGCGAAACAGGAGAUUGUGCCCAAGAAAGCAGAGGAGGCGACGGAGCGAGUGCGCAAGUUCCGCGAUGACCUCUCCUCGUUUCGCUCCGAGGUCGACACGCUCAAGAAGGCGCGCGACGACACACAAUACCAGAACAACAGAUCCGAGCUCCUCGGGAACCGACGACCCUACAAUGCGACGCCAGAGAACCCGUACGCGAACGUGAAGCAGGCGGCACAUUCCGACUUUCAGCCCCGGCACCAGCAGCAACAACAAGCAUACAUGUCCGGAGACAAUGCGCGGGAGGAGCAUGCCAUGCGCGAGCAAAACUUCUUUGCCAACACGCACUCGGCUCUCGACGAGUACAUUGCACGUGGACAGGCUGUGCUGGGUGACCUGGGGCAGCAGCGAGAGAUGCUCAAGACCACGCAGAAGCGCCUCUACAGCGUCGCCAACACCCUGGGCAUCAGCGGCGACACCAUUCGCAUGGUUGAGCGACGAGCCAAGGAGGACAAGUGGAUCUUUGCGGCGGGCGUCAUCAUUUUCCUGCUGUUCUGCUGGCUAGUGAUUCAUUAUCUACGAUAGACGGUCGUCGCUCAUGCGGCUUCCGUUGGGGGAGAGAGCGUGGCCAUUUCGAGGGAAGCG